AGUUGCUCUAUCAACCGCAAGCGCGAUGGUUGUGCGCGCGCGCAUAACUACAAAUAACUAAAUAAACAUAUUAGAAAACAAAAACACGCGAACGAAAAUUUGAAAAGUUUUGCUAUCAUAACAUUGACGCAUAAAAACAACUCAAUUUCAUUUGAUCUGCUACAAAUUUUCCGAUUGCACUAUAGCCAAGGACUCCUACACAGUUUUCACAUUAUUAGCCAAUGAGUAGGAUCUUAUGCUGUACGGUUAAAGAAAAUUGGUUUCAGUGAAGUGUACCAUAGAAAAAAAUCAAGAUGGUGCUUACAAAGUUUGUGUUUUGUUUGGCCUUGGUGCAUGUGGUGUUAGCCAAAGGUUCUGAUUCGCGCAUUCAAUGUACACCAGAGGUAAUGGCUGUGACGGUGCCUAUGGACGGCGACAGAAAGAUCUCCUAUCUCGACAACCUCAAAGAUUACAAACCUUGCCUGCCCAACUUGGAAAACAAUGCAGCGACCUUCAUGCUAGACCUGCAAGACCACCAUAAAUGCGGCGUGACCAGAGUAAUUAAUCAAAUUACGGGUAAACGUACAUUCUACCACAAAAUUGUGAUAGAGUUGGCGGACGGCGGCCGUGAGACAGUAACUGUCAGGUGUAUGGCGACAGGCAAACCACAUCUCGUAGCGAGAAGAGCGGUUGAUGAACCUUUCCCCUUGGACUUCAAUGAACCAGAUGUUCUGAACAUCACAAGAUACGAAGAAGGACGCGCUCCUGAACCAGUUUUGGGUGCCGUUGUGAAGCAAAACGGAAAACAGGUGUCAGGUGAGAUAUCCGUUAGCCCGGGCACACCGCUUUCGAUGGAAAUAUUUCUGGACAACGCCUCAGCGCCAGUAUACGGUCUACUCGUCAGCUAUAUGCACGUCACCGAUACCGGCAAACAGCAAGAGACCAUAGUCUUCAACGGUUGCUCUGUGGACCCAUAUCUAUUCGACAACUUCGUGACGACGGACGGGGACGUGCUCGCUGCAAAGUUCAAAGCUUUCAAGUUCCCGGAUACCAGCUACGUGCAAUUCAGAGGAACAGUUACCGUUUGCCUUGACAAGUGCCAAGGGGUCCAAUGCAGCAACGGAGCGAUUGGUUAUGGUCGAAAACGCCGUUCGAUUGCUUCAAACGCCGAUUCCAACAAGGUGUAUGUAGUGUCAUUGACUACCUUUAUCAAAGUGGACUGGACAGACCCUAAUGGCGCCAGGGAUUCAGAAUACCUCUCACUUCUGAAGAAUCUGAAAGUGGCAAAUCAGAAACUCGGUGACGCCGACGGAACUCCAGCAACCGUUGCCGAGCACACAAAGGACAACAGGCUAGUGAUGUACGUCUCACCACUUGAACAAAACACCUCCAGUGUGUUCACGCACAGCUGUGUACUGCUACUCGUCAGUUUAACAUUAACGUUAUUUUAUUAGGAUUUCGUUUAGUUUGUUUAUUAUAUGAAUAAACAUAGAUAAAAAACAGUGAAUUUUCUUCACGUUUUAAAUCAAAUCUGGUUUCGUCAAAAUUAAUACAUUUCUAAAAUCAAUGGUAUAUAAUUAUUAUAAAUGUGUAAUGAAAACGUUUUCCCUGGUCAUGAUAUACUUAUUUAUCCACAUUUACUUAUUCUUAUUGGAAUGAACUAAUACAAAGAGUAAGGAUGUUGUACUGAUUUUGUAGAGUGGAUUUCAGUGAGGAAGAUUUAAUUUUAACUCAUACGGACUUAUGAUAGAUGUUUUUUUUAAAGAAAUUUAUUUUACUCUUUGAUGAAUAAAAAUUACGAGUAGUAUUAGUAAAAUACGAGUGCGACCAAAUUUAAAAAGCAUUAUUUCUAUAAUAUUAAAAACAUUAUUAAAGUCAAAUAAACAAAAUACAUACCAUAAAUAUUUAAUAGAAUAAAGCUAAAUGAAUAUACAAUAUUUUGUGUACCAUCUAUAUUUAGAAGUAUUAAAAAAAAACAUAUAAAUAAUUUUUCUCUGAAUGAAAUAAUAUUCAAUAAUAUUCAUUGUAACUUACUGUAGAUUAUUUUUUAACAAACUGCCGUUACGUUUACCAACUCAAUUACUGACAAUUAACAAUACUUAGAUAUAAGUGAAAGUGAUUUAAUUUUAGUUAAGAAUACCGUAGUUUCUAGUGCCUACUUAAUUAUUAAUAAAAUAAUAAUGAAACUAAUGCUUUGGCAUUUAAGUCCGCUAGUCUUACAAGUAAAUGGGUUUAUACAAUAAGGAAAACGUACUCUUUUUCAAAAAAAUUUAUACGAGACUUUUCUUACUUUUGUAUAAUAUGACGCAGAUUAAGGUUUUUAAGUGUAAAAACAAAUAAAUCUCAUUUUCUAGAAAAUAUGACCAUUAUAACAUAAUCUUAGAAUUGUAAACCAAGGUGAGUAGCUAUAAGAUCCUGAUAUUUUUAAAAUUCCAGUAAAUUUUGUAUAGGGAUAUAAUAUUUCUGUAUGUAAAUUAAUAGAAUAUCUUUGUCAAUUUUGAUCUACAUUUUUUUUAAAUUCUUUACUUAAUAUAUUGUAUUCGGAAAUUUCCCUACUAUGGUGCUUCGUAAUACGUAAAGAUCUUUAUAAUUUCCCGCUAGAUAUAAGGAUUUUUCUACUAGAUAGUUAACAAAAUAAAUAAAAAUUAAAAAGGUUAUUAAAGUUUCUUUUAUUUUAAAUUAAUGACUGUGUGCAGUUUGGUCCAACUUGAGAGAUAGGAUAGUUUUUAUCCCGAUAAGUGACCCUCGGUAUUUUUUAUUGCGAAUUUAAGGGUUUUUAUAGUACAAAGGUUCGCCGCUAAAGGCAGAACAACGUCUGCCUGGCCAGCUAGUAUAUAUAUCCGAUAAUAUAUAUAUGGUUUACAAAAGGUAUUUGGAGAAAUUUCACAAAGAUACGAUCUCCGCCGACACCAAUGAAAUUGUUAAUUGCAAUUUUAAGUGCCGAUUUACCAUGUGCUCGACGGUGAAGAAAAACAUUGACAUGUGAAGUCAGAAGACAGAAGAGGCAUUAGGGCAGCGCGGCGGACAUUUCCUUGCCCUAAAAGCCUCUCAGAAUGACUAUACUUUUGUUUACUUUUAUAUGUUAAUGUUAAUGUUAAACAAAAUAAAAUCUUUAGCUAUACCUUACGAUGUUUUCCUUCACCACUCAGCACGUGAUCUAUCAGCACUUCUAACUGCACAAUUUUAAUGAUUGUAUUUUCGUAAAUAGGAGAAAUACCUAAGGUAGAACACCAAUUAAUAUAUCUUAAUUAUUUGAAAAUAUACCUCUUACCUCUUUUCUUGAUAAUAUGCCCUAAUACAGUAAUUAUCAUCAGGGCCUUAUAUACCCUAGGAUGCAAGGUUCGAGAGGGCGCUGAGUUUGCCUUUGCAAGGACCACUUAUGUACAUACUCGUAAUAAAAUUUUGUAUAAUAUUCUCAAUAAAUAAUAGUGUCCCAAGUAUUCUUCUUGUUGCUCUUUCUUUAUUCUUGGUACC